AUGGCUCCAAAAAUUCAACAAACUAAAGCUGCUAAAGCUGCUGCCGCUUUAGCUGGUGGUAAAAAGGGUAAAAAAAAGUGGAAUAAAGGUAAAGUUAAAGAUAAAGCUCAACAUUUAGUUAUUUUAGAUCAAGAAAAAUAUGACAGAAUUUUAAAAGAUGUUCCAACUUAUAAAUAUGUUUCAGUUUCAGUAUUAGUUGAUAGAUUAAAGAUUGGUGGUUCAUUAGCUAGAGUUGCUUUAAGACAAUUAGAAGAAGAUGGUAUCAUCACCCCAGUUUUAAAACAUUCAAAGCAAGCUAUCUACACCCGUGCUCAAUAA